AUGGACUCAAAGCAUGCAUUCCACUUUGCAGAGGAUGCAUUGCAUCGUGCCGAAGAGACAGUUCAUCACCCCCAAUCGGCGGCGGCGCGUUUGCGGCACCAUUCCUGGCCCAUCACUGCAGCCAUCAGUCUGAAGAAGGGGGCCACUCGCCACCACUUUCAGGCAGUGACGUCGGUCAAAACACGCGAAAGACAGCUCCAAGCGGUGCGAGAGGAGAAAGAUUGGGGGUACGAGCUUCAUCCACUCUACCUCGGUCUCGCUGCGGCAUACACGGAGAAUGGCCAGCUCGAGCUUGGUGUUGCCAUGCACGAUGGAACCUACAGCAUCGAUUUCUCCGUGCAGACGGUCUCGGUCGGGAGCGGGGAGCUAUCGAUCGAGCAUGACAAACAGAAUGACAAGCAGAAUGACAAGCAGAAUGACAAGCAGAAUGACAAGCAGAAUGACAAGCAGAAUGGCUCUGCAACCCCGGUCCUAGAAAAAGUCAAUAUCAACCAUGCAUUGGGCGACUACAUCGUUAGUAUCGUCCAGGAAUACAUGGAAAAACAUACCGCGAAAUUCAUCGGAGCGGGAAUCACUCGCAAGUUGGCCGUCAUUUGUCCCCAACUGUCCGCACGCCUGUGGGCGGAGCUGGACACGGUUCCUAUGGUGUUCCGCCGUGGUGUCGACCAACCCUACCAGGAGAUGGAAGAAUCCCAGGAUAUUUUCACCGUCGACGAGGAGGCCGACUCCAUGGCGAGGAAAUGCCUAAUGUUCUUUGGCCCCAACCUCCAACCGCGAGUGCAAGUCGGCUUCAGGAACCGGGUUUUGGUCGAUGUCGGCGGCGAUGCGCAAAUCUCGCGACUGGGGGAAUAUGAAACCGGUGUGGGUGAUCGUACGUGGCAGACGCUCAUGCACUACGUUCGCUCGCUGCAAUCGCGCUCGGUCAAGAUCGCGUUCUUCAACAGCACCCCCCAAGGAGGUGGAGUUGCUUUGAUGAGGCAUGCUCUCGUUCGGUUCUUCCGCGUGAUUGGAGUGCAAUGCGAUUGGUAUGUCCCGAAGCCAAAGCCAGAAGUCUUUCGGAUUACGAAGACCAACCAUAACAUCCUCCAAGGCGUUGCUGACCCUCACGAACGCCUCACAAGGGAACAAAUCGCAAUGUUGGAUGAGUGGACGGGAACCAAUGCGGAAAGAUACUGGAUGGGUCCCGACCGACCGUUAGCCGCUCGGUCUGCCGGUGGUGCGGAUGUGAUCGUGGUCGACGAUCCGCAAAUGCCCAGCCUUGUGGAUUUGUCGAAGGCGAUUGAUCCCGAUCGUCCUGUCAUCUUCCGCAGCCACAUCCAAGUCCGGGCGGACCUCGCGGACACGCGGGGAACCCCCACUUCCGAGGUGUGGAAUUGGGUCUGGAACCACGCCAAGAAGGCGGACGUUUUCAUCAGCCAUCCGGUACGGCAGUUUGUGCCUGCGUCCGUCCCGAUCCAUAAGGUUGGGUACAUGCCCGCCACGACCGACUGGCUCGAUGGCCUGAACAAGCACAUGAACGUGUUCCACUCACGAUACUACAUCCAUGAGUUCAACACGGAGUGCUAUCGUCAACGGAUGAACAAACUCGACUACCCCUCCCGGCCAUACAUCGCGCAAAUUGCGCGCUUCGAUCCGUCCAAAGGCAUCCCCGAUGUGCUCGCAUCGUAUGCUCUCGUCCGACGGAAGUACCUCCCGGAAGACUUUCCGGCAAACAAGGUCCCUCAACUCGUCAUCGCUGGCCAUGGCGCGGUCGACGACCCCGAUGCCACACGCAUCUACGACGAGACCCUCUCCGCGCUUGACAAGGAUUACCCCGACCUCAAGAAGGACGUCGUGGUGCUCCGCGUCCCCCCGGUCGACCAGCUGCUGAACACCGUCAUGGCGCAUGCAUCCAUCGCGUUGCAGCUGUCCACACGUGAGGGCUUUGAGGUGAAGGUGUCGGAGGCGCUGCACCACGAAGUACCGAUCAUCGCCACGCGGGCCGGCGGCAUCCCGCUGCAGGUGGAGGAUGGGAAGUCAGGAUAUCUCGUCGAGACGGGCGACGUCGAGGCGGUGGCCAAGCACCUGGCGCGGCUGAUCACCCACGAUCAAAGGCGCCAGGAGAUGAGCGAGUACGCGGCGAAGAGCGUGAGCGAUGAAGUCGGAACGGUGGGGAAUGCGCUCUCAUGGGCGUAUCUGGCGGAUACCUUGAGCAAGGGCGAAAAGAUCGAACCGAAUCUGCGAUGGAUCAACGAUAUGGCGCGGGAGAAGGCCGGGUUCCCCUAUGAGGAAGGAGAGAAGCGGCUGCCGAGAAUGGAGAGCUUGAAGGCGAAGAAUCCAUUCGGUGACCAGGCGAAUUGCGUGGAGUGCGGGAAGUCGGAUUGUGAGUGA